AUGACUGGGUGUUUAAAAGGUGACCCUCAUCAAACGAUUGAAACUUUUCAAAACAAAGUUACAACUUUACGGCUGCUUAUUGAAGAAAAACAGAGAGAUUUUGUUUUAGAAGGGUUUGAUACUGAUCUAUCUCAGUUCAUUUUGACCUUAAAAACAAAAGUUGAUUCGCUGAGAAUGAAAGUCCCAGAAGAAAUCACACAAAUCAAAUCCAAUGAAAUUUUUGUUAUUGUUCCGAUGGGCAUCCCAGCAAUGGGGAAAUCCUUUAUAAGAGCUUUAUUCCAAGCAGCCAUAGAAAGCCAUGAAGGAGUUACUUUUUCUACUAUAUCAUCAGGCAAAAUAAGAGAAAAAUGCAUCCAAGAGUAUAUGGAAAGCUCAAAAAUUCGAGAUUGAGAUUACGCUUACCAGCAAACCAAUUGAAUCUCAAGAGUAAAUUUCGCCAAAAGUCUAUCAAGAGAAAUGAAAACAAAAUCCAAAUGCCACGUGCUAUUUCUUGACAAAAACUUCCCGCCUAACUCUAUUCCGGGAACCUUUGCUGAAAUAACUAAAAAUGCACUUAAAACAUCCCAAAUUCGAAUCAUUGCCCUUGUUCCUGAAUGUGGGACCCCAUUUGUAAUAAAUGAUGACAAAAGGCACAGAAGUUUUACAUAUGAACUCUCUUUACCAUUUCUUAUAACGAUAACCCCCUCCUCAAUCUUCAUGUCUAUUGCAACAAAAAUUUUUCGAAAAAUCUUCAUGCCUACUGCAACACAAUAUUUUUUUAAAAAAAUUUAUUACAUUUUCUUUAGGUGAAAUAGUCAAAUUCUGCAAAUUACGGAAAAAAUUUAAGAUGCACAUCAAAAAUUUGUUGCAAGAGACAUGAAAAAUUUUUUUUAUAUAAAAUUUUUAUAUUAAAAAAAUUGCAUUUUUGUUGCAAUAGACACGAAGAUUGAGGGGGGGUCAUUGUUACAAUGUUUAGUAAGGGCGAGAAAUAGAGUCGACCAUGAAACUUUAACUGGGAGUCUUACAAAAAAAGUUGCUAUAGUUUUGAUGAUGUAUAACAUGUAUAGAAAUGUUAGGUUUGAUGAUUUUUUGACUAAUGGGUUUGAUUAUAUUAUGAGACUGCCAUUUACUGAAGAAAAUGCCUUUGAAGUGGAUGAUAAUAUGAGGCUUGUCGUGUCAAAAACUUUAAAUAUGUUCAAUUGAUUCUAUACUUCUUUCUUGGAGUGGCGCUGCAAGCGCAGGCCACUCCAUGCGGAAUUCCUGUGUUGGUUUAACCAACAUAGGAGUUGGUCGAACCAAAACUGUGCGUUGGUUCGACUUUCCCAUGAAUUCCGCAUGGAGUGGCCUGCGCUUGCAGCGCCACUCCAAGGAGGUUUCUAUAACUUCAGCUAGUAGCCUGCUAGUAUGAAUCAGGCUAUGUGAGGAGAGAGGAUGACGCUCUGUGCAAAUAUCAUUCACGUUUGACCUUGAUGGAAGGUGGAAGUUGGAAUUAGAAAAGGGUAGCCCCGCAGUGUCUAGACACCCACUAGAUCAGUUGGGCAAAUCCUAGUGUGGUACCUGGACUUGACAUUUCUAUUUUGACUGACAAACCAACGAAGAAGUUCAUUUUUGUAAAGUAGCUUCUUACACAAAAAUAGCGCCUCGACAGGCCAAGAGCUGCCCAUUUUAAGUUAACUUUUCUAUCAAAGUGAGGUUUUUACCCAGUUGGUAAAGAGCUUUUCCUCAAGCCAAACUCUGCCACUAGACCAACGGACCUUGGACUCCUAAGUUAGGAUGGUCACAUGGACCGGCAUCAAAGUGUGGGGGACGAAGAUUGGGCAGUUUAGGCCGCGCAAGUCUCUGCAUGAUUCUAAGUCGAUAGAGAUGGAUCAUCUUGAGCAAGAUGGAAGCAAGUCCGCAGCUCAUCGGACUCACUGGAGGCGAUGCAAUUUAAUUGGGCGUAAUCACAUUGAAGCUGGGUGUUCUUACGAAGACAAACGGGCGAGAAAUGUGAAGAUAAGCCAUCUUUUCAUCGCUAACAGUGGAUCGGCCUUAAUUCUAGCGCGAUGAGCUUUGGCUCUGCCAUAAAUGGCCUACGACCUCCAAAUCAAUUAGUUCAUUCAUUGAAAAAUAACUUCAUUGGCGCGCGACAUGGUGGUGGCCUGGCAUCUCUGACUUUCAAGUAGUGAGUGUAAGCCUUUGCCUGCAAGGAGCAAUACAUUAGAAAGCAGUAUUCAGACCUGCAAGAACUCCUCAAAAGCAAUUAAGUAAACAUGUAUCAAAAACUUUGACAGCUUUCAGACCUGGAGGAUUGCCAAAUGAACAUACAAUAAGAGAUCUAGUAGAAUUAAUUGAUCAAUAUGCUGAAAUUUUACCAAAUAUCGACCCAACACCUAAAAUCUCUUCAGAAUUAUCUAAACUUUUUGAUCUCGGAAUAAGUGGAAACUCAGGGCUUGAAGAAGAAACCAAAGAGCCUAUAAGAAGAAAAGAUGAAAUUAUUAGCUUUGAAGGAAAAAGCAUUGAGAGCGAAGAAGAAAUCCAGCAAAACUGCAAAAAGGGUAGACCAGAUCUUAAAAACUAUAAGCUUCCAAUUUAUAUUGGAAUUGAUGCUGAUGCAUGGUUUAGGCCUUUAUUAAUUCCAAUUGUGAUUUCUUGCUUACGAGAAUUUGCUGAUGCUUAUGAGCAUGAGGACAUUGUAAAAGACUUGCAAGAAAUUCAAAAUGCUGCCGUCCUUGAGUAUUUUUCAGAAGUUUGGACAAUUGUGGGUGGUUUGCAUGUAACUACUUUUUUCUUAGGCGGGAAUAAUGAGCUUGAGAUGUCAGAAGAAUAUAGAGAAUUCGCAGAAAACAAAGAAAUAAACUUUGUUCUAACACAUAUAGUAUAUGUUCCAGGACAUAUCAUAUGUGCUUCAGCUGACAAAUUUAAUCCUUACAUAAAAAUAGCGAAUAAACACCCACACAUGACUUUGUUGACUGGAAAAUGGACUGCAAAAUAUAGCACUGACGUUUUGUCAUCAAUUCCCCUUGAGUCUGGAAUAAAUAGAUAUCAGAUUUCUCUCAAGCAAGGCCAAUUAGAAGCAUAUUCAAUAUCAUUAUCUUCUAAAAUAAUGGUCCGAGGAAUAGCCAAAACAUUUUUUAAUUAA